GGAACGCUUGCCGUGGUGCACGGAACUGGAAAGAAGAAUCUCUCCUUUCCCUCUCGACUGUCUGUCUGUCGAAGCAGGAAAGUGAAGACGCUGCUGCUAUCUACGAUGGAGAAAAGGAAAGAUGUUGGCGAGGAGGGGAACGAUGCCAAGAGAAUGCGCAUGGACGGACCGAAGCCACCUGCUGCUAAGGUACCGCGUUGCUCGGAAUGCGUCGCACCAGCUCUGAUCUACCACCUUCGCUUGCGGGUUGCAGGUCACCUUCAAAACGAAGAAGCAGCGUGAGCACUUGGCCCUCCAACAAAAGCAAGAAGCCGAGGAAGCAGACAGGCUCAAAGCCGAAAAGCGGGAGGCUAUUCGUCAUGAGUUUUUGCUGUCUGAGGAGCUGCAGCGCGAGAAGGAGAGGCAGCUGCGCAUGAAAGAAAGAGAGCGCGCGCGAGGAAGGAUGGAGGAGGAGAGAAGGGGCAAAGAAGAGAAUGCUCCGCGAAGGCAGAUUGAGUACGCACACAAGCUUGUCCUGAAACUGAUGGUUGUCAUCUUUGUGGGAAUGGCUGGAUCAGGAAACGGACAGCAGUCGGUCAGCAUGGAGGUGACGGAGAUCGAAGCGAGAUGCGAACCAGACAACAAGAAGCGGAGCUUGCUCAGGUAAGCACUAGCACUGAAUGCGGCCGAAGGACUCGAUACGAAGGUGGGUCCGUGUCUUUUGGGUUUUUUCUGCCUUUCUGUCUCAGAUCAAAGAACACGUAAGCUAUUAUUCUUAUCUGGUGUUCAAUCUUGCUGGAUUUGGUGCUCCGUGCAGUAUUUGGGAACACGCCGUGCAGAGAAGAAAGUUCAGAAACCUUCAGGUGAACAAUGUGAUCAAUAAGACGCUAAGUUGUUCAUGUUUGCAUUGUUUGUUGGGUUCGCAUUCUUCAGAGAGAUUCAGGUGAACUAUGAUGCCCAGGCGGUGGAUUGUCGUGCUCCAGACGCUCGAUCCCUAGCUACGACAUGAUCACCCUUUACCUGUGUCUCUUCUUCUCCUUUCUUAAUAUGUUUCGCUGGGCAGAAACACAUUCAGUGACAAGUGGGACCUCUCAGAGGAUACUAAUCGCAAUGACUCCAACCCUAUCUACCAAGAAAGACGGGAACCUCAACUACUCUUCGGGCGGGGCCUCCGUGCCGGAAUCGAUGUCAGGUAUCCCACGGUUUCUUUCCACGCACGAAUUAUCUCCACGGUUUCUUUCCACUUUAUGAAAAAAAGGGAACAGCGGAGGCAGAGCAACUUCUACGACGAGCUGUCCAAACGGAGAGCCCGUCAGUCAGGAGAACACAUCUUCAAGGAAAGGGGACACUUCCUGGAAUCACGCGACAUUGAGGACGAUUUAUCACUCGUUGGUCUACAGGAGGAGUCGAGGAAUAUGUAUCGGGCCGACAAGAAGCGGGAAGAAAUGAACGACAGGCAAGUAAAUAGCCAACGACAGGGUACACAAGCCGACUGGUCCAUGCGGCUUGGUUUUCAGAGAUUGGAAAAUUUUCAGAGAGGAGCAGGGUAUGUUCUGAAGCAAACUUCAGGGAGGCAGUGUCAAGCGGCCUUCUUUCUUCGUCUCUCAGGGAUCAUCAUCAGAGGAGGGCGUGUGCCAGCACCGAUGCGCACAUGGGCAGAGUCUUUGUUGCCAUGUGAGUUGCUGGAGGCGAUUGGGAGGGUCAGCGCUAUUGACUGUGUCCUCGCUGUCGAGCUACAUUAUGAAGUUCGCCUUCCUUCAUAGAUCGGCUACAAGAGCCCUACUCCCAUUCAAAUGCAAGCAAUUCCAAUCGCAUUGGAGGUAGGGAGGAAUAAUCGCAUCACGUUGCACAUGGACCAUUUUCUCUCUGCUGAUGUUGUGUGAAGAUGCGAGACCUGGUUGGGAUUGCUAAAACUGGGUGAGACCGAAGAGGGAGCUACUACCUUGAUCAGCUCACUCCUGUCUUUUACUUGUUUGUCAGUUCUGGCAAGACCGCAGCAUUCGUUCUUCCGAUGCUCACCUACGUAAAACAACUGCCUCUUCUCAACGACGAGACCUCACAAGACGGACCCUAUGCGCUUGUCUUGGCGCCUUCGAGGUGACGGAAAAAAAUCAAAGACGAUUGAGUCGAGGCAACGAUUUUUUGGCUGCUCCAGGGAGCUGGCGAUUCAAAUCAAAGAAGAGAUCACACAAUUCGCGUCAUUUUGCAAAUGUCGCAGUGUAGCUGUUGUUGGUGGAAGAAGUGCGGAGGCCCAGGCAUUCCAGCUUCGCCGAGGAUGCGAAAUCGUUAUUGGAACGCCCGGGCGGGUAGGCUGUCAACACACUGUGCUAAUAUAUGGUGUCGUUUGGAGCUGCGGUGUUUCAGGUCAAGGAUUGCGUGGAGAAAUCUUACAUAGUCUUGAAUCAGUGCUCGUAUGUGUGCCUGGAUGAGGUACUCGCUGUGUACGAGUGGAAAGGUGUCCGACGCAUUGAGGUCAUCUUGUUGUCUUCUUUUCAGGCUGACAGGUACGGGACUUGACCGACUGGGACGUGCUCGACUUGGUUGUUCCUCUCUUAGGAUGAUAGAUUUGGGAUUUGAAGAGAUCGUCAAUUGGAUUCUGGACCAGAUCCCGCGCUCAAACUUCAAGUCCGAGAAUGAAGAUCAAGCCAUGAAAGAGGAACUGGAGGCGAAGGCAGGGCACCGGAAGUAUCGCACGACGUACAUGUUCUCCGCAACGAUGCCGCCGGCGGUAGAGCGCCUUGCAAGGUAUUCUUCAUGAAACUCCUCCUCAUUUGCACAAAUAUCGCUUGUUCUGCUUCAGGAAGUACCUCCGUGCACCAGCUUAUGUAUCAAUCGAAGACGCGGGCGCCGGAAAGCCCUCAAUUGAGCAACGCCUUGAAUUCAUAGCGGAAGCCAAGAAAAGACAGGUCAGACUGCCGCAAAAAAUCCGUGUGUCAUCGUACUCAUCGUGUCAUCGUUUUCGACUGCAGCGAUUGCAAGAGAUUCUUGGAGAAACAGAGCCACCGAUCAUGGUUUUUGUCAAUCAGAGGAAAGUGGCUGAUGUGCUGGCAACAUCACUGUGCAAGCUGAAAUUCAAGUAGAUACAGCUCAGCUCAGCAGUUGAAUUACAUUUCCGAUUUGUCCAUCGUUGCUCGCAGAGCGACAUCGUUGCAUGUCGGGAAGGCGCAAGAAAUUCGCGAGGCAGCCCUGGGGGGAUUCAAGGAUAGAACCUUCGAUGUCCUUGUCGCGACAGACGUCGCAGGUAAGGAGGAAUUCUGUUGACUUGUCUGUUUAUUGCUGAUCCUUGCAACGCUUUGUUUGCAGGUCGCGGGAUCCAUAUCGAAGUGUAA